CGGCAGGGCUCGCUCGCAAGCCGAGGCGCCGCCAUGACUGAGCGGCCCUGGCCGGAGCGGAGCCCGCGCGCGACUUCGUCCCAGGACCCUGGAGGGUGCUGAGGGGCUGCAGUUCUCCACCCUGGAAUCUUCCCCGGGGCGCACUUCCCUGCUCACCGGCGAGAAGGGGGUGACGGAGCUUGUAAACUCCACUCAGGGUGCUGGCGGCAGGAAGCAGACUGGAAGCUUACUGGCAGGGCACGGCCCUCGUGAGUUGCCCUCCCUGCCUUGGUACACCUCUCCUGUCUUCCUGAUUGUAAAACCCACACACGUGCACAUGAAAAGUUCUCCAGAGGAUCCGGAAGGAAAAAGUCACGUGGAAUGUUCCUUCACUUUUCACUUGUCAUUAAGCAUUUCCCAUGUCAUUAAAAAUCCUUCUCAGUGUUUUUGUUCUUUUUUCCCCGCCCCCCACACACAUGAUCACAAUACCAUUCGGGGGAGAUUCAGAGAAGUAGGAAGAACACGGGGCAUAUGGCUGGCCACACUCGGGCCUCUUUCCCAGUGGCCCUUUUUGGGACCCUCAUACAUCAUUUUGCAUCCCACUUUCCCCUGUACUUCAUGUCAUCUAUAUGUCAUGUCUGUGCUUCCCUUGAGCAUGUUUUAUUACUGUGUAUUUUGCAGUCCUAAAUUCUUUGCCAUGUGAUGGGAGGGUAGUUGAUUCCGCCAGGCUUGACUGUUGGGCACUUUUGUUGUGAAUCUUGGUGCCUAAAUCUUUGUCCCAAUUUCAGAUAAAUUCCACAGCAUGCGAACUUCCAGAAUCGUCUUGAUAGACAAGCUUCCACAGUGCUUUCCAGAAAGGUCGUGCCAGCUUUUACUUUCACCAUCGGAUCAGCACAGAGUACAAGUGUUAAAAAAAAAAAAAAAUUCUCGUUUUUAUUUUUAUGGCUAACAUUUAAGUUAUAUGUUCACUAUAGGAAGCUUGGAAAAUGCACAAAAUGCUAUUUUCUCCCUGCCCUUUCCACUUUCCCUCUGCUGUUAAAGUCUCUAUCCCUCCCUUGUCCUCCUCACCACCUCUUCCCUCAGCUCUAACUUGGCCAGGAGUAGACAGCAUAGGCAAGUAGGAAAGGCUAAAAAGACAACAUAGGCAAGGCAGGAGGCCCCUGUUGCACUAUGGCAUAGCAUAUCCGGCUGUUUCCGUUUAAAGGGGACUUAAACUCCUGUUCCUUAUUUUAAGUGCUCAGGAGCCACCUGUAACUGGUGGCUACCAUGUUGGACAGUGCGGAUGGAGACCAUUUCCAACCCCAUAGGAAGUUCUGCUGGACAGUGCUGGCUACUCCACCAUGGCAGGAGUCCUGUCCCCCUCGAUGUUCUGUAAACUGUGUGUUGAAUGACUGUAUGAAAGAAGGAGGGAAAUGGAUACUAAGCUAAGUAAGGAAAUGAGAUAUGUUCAUGAUGAGAUAAGGGUUGUGAAGACCACACAGCGUGGCUGAGAAGACAAGGAUAACAUCCUGAACGAGAGCGUGGUGACACCCUGCUGUGGUGACAGCUGAGCUGGCACGAGCAUUAGAGAGGAAUGUGGUUAGAACAGUAGGUGCAAAGGCCCUAGGGUCACCAGUGCACCAGUGUCUUCACACUGUAGCCGAUGAAGGCCAUACGGCAGAUCAGGUCAGAAUGAGACGGGGAGGACUCAGGCCAGCUCCUCGGGAGCUGGAGGUCAGGGCAAGGAGGUGGGGAGCUAAUGAGAGUCCUGAGCAAGGUGAUGGCCACCAUCUGAUGCGGCCACUUUGCGCCUGCCCCUCUCUGCAGGCCCCUGACUGCUGACUGCGUCUGCCUGCUGCCACCCGGGUUUGUCUGGAGCCGCUGGGACUGUCCUGGGAUCCAGUUCGCUUGCCCCCUGAGGCCGGAGAGAUGCUCCCGCUGGCCAGAGCCCUCGCCUCCCCCAGGAGUUCCCAGCCCCCAGCCCUGAGGGACCAGGACAGGGCCCCUCAGCUGGACAGCCCUGGGGAUACUGAGGCCUGGCGCCUGCGCUUCCGACAGUUCCAGUACCGUGUGGCAGGCGGGCCACACCGCGCACUGGGCCAGCUCUGGAUGCUGUGCCGCCAGUGGCUGCGGCCCGAGGCGCACUCCAAGGAGCAGAUGCUGGAGCUGCUGGUGCUGGAGCAGUUCCUGGGGGCGCUGCCCAGCAAGAUGAGGACCUGGGUGCAGUCGCAGGGCCCCCGCACCUGCAGGGAGGCCGCUAGCCUGGUGGAGGACCUCACACAGAUGUCGCAGCAGGAAGUUCUGGUAUCUCUCACCGACCACCAGGACGGGAGCAUCAGCGAGGAGGAAGACGGGAAGAACCUGAGGCCUCAGAAAGACCCAUGCCAGGCAUUGGAGCUGGGGCUCCCCCAGGAGGGCGAGUGGCUGCAGCCUGCCCAGCCCCAGCGGAGUCCCCACACCAGGGCGGGGGCCGAGGCAUCCUGCACCCUGGGCUCACUCGGGCUUCAGCCUCCCAGCAUGAAGGCAGACAGACCGAGGAUGCUGCAGCAUGGGCUCCCCUCAGCAGCUUGCCCAGGCCUGGGCUGCUUGCCUCUGAAGCCUAGUGUCUGGGAUGAGCCUCCCUGUGGGCAGGUCGGGGACCGAGCCCUGAAGAACAGGCACUGCCACCCCAGGCUGGCCCAGGACGCUCCCCAGGCAGAAGGGGGUGCCUGGCAGGCAGUGGCUGCCCCCAGCGAUACUGUGCUUCAGGGCACCGGAGGCCAAGGGCCUGAUCCAGAGGAGCCCCUGCCCUUGCCCCCUCAGCCCAGCCUGCUUGCAGACCUCACCCUCCCCAGUGCUCAGAGCAGUAGCCCUCCAAGGCGGGCUGGGGACCGUGACGCCAGCAGUCCCCACCUGCCCUUACUCAAAGACACCAAAGCCUCCCCUGAAGAGGCAGGGCAACCGGCGGCCGCCCCCUCCUCCGAGAGCUCGGUGCCGCCGCCAGUGACCCCAGGGACACGGCCUUUCGCGUGUGCCGAAUGCGGGGAGGUCUUCACCUGGGUCACCCAUUUCAUGGAGCACCAAAAACGCCACCUGGAAGAGGGGCCCUUCCCGUGCCCCGAGUGCGGCAAGACCUUCCUGCACGCCUCUGUCCUGGGGGAGCAUCAGAAGAUCCACCUGCUGGAGCCGCUGCGCAAGAGGCCUCGCCCGGGCGGGGCCGAGGCGCCAAGGGAGGCCGACCCUCAGGACGCGCCCUCGGGCCGCCGCGAGACCGCCUGCCGCGAGCGGCCCUUCGAGUGCGGCGUCUGCGGGAAGGCCUUCCCCUGGAUGGUCCACCUCCUCGACCACCAGAAGCUGCACGCCGCGCAGUGA